AUAUGUACACAUAUAUUUAUAUGUACAACUCAAUAUGAAUAGGAUUACACAAAACGAAACCAAAAAUUAUUAAUUAAAAAUAAAAAUAAAAAAACUGAACGCUAAUUAAUCGAAUUAAUAAUCAAGUGGAAAGCUAAUUCAAACUUAAUUUAUGCUAUCAGCAAAACAACAACAACAACAUAAACAACAUUUAGUCAACCGAACCAACAAUCACCAACAACAACAAAUAAAAUGAAUUGCGUCGCAAUACCGCCACCGGAAGAGAAACAACAGCCGAUACAGCAAAUUUUGCACAACGAACUGGUGUUGCCACCGCCGCACGCUACACCGGAUACCAGCGGCGGCAACCACAAUACUGGCAGCGGCAGCGCCUCGAAAACCCAAUCACUGCAGCGCACCACACACCUGUACUGUCGGUCGUUGGAGAAGGAGCGCGGUGAUCGACGCACCUCGUCGCGCGGUUUGGCUUCGUGUUUGCGCGGCGAACGCGAUGAGUUCGUCAGUGACUAUCGUGAAAUGCGUCCGCGUGCGCAACAAAUCGAUUUGCUGCCGACGGUUGUGAUGGGGCAGGGCGGUGGCAAUGGUGCUGGUGGCGCUGCUGGUGGUGGUGGUGGUGGCAACAAUGCAGGUGUGGAGUUGGGUAAUGGAGCCGAUGCGGGUAGCAGGUGUGAGUACAAAUCGAAAACCCUGCCACGCAUCCAUUUCGACACUUCCAUUAACGACACUUCGUUAAAUGAAGGUGAGUUUGUGGAUUUACUGCAGACAAGAGGUGGAAUUUUAGUCAGCGUAAGAAUGACAGCAGGUAUUUCGUAG